AUGCAAUUGGAUGUAAACAAUGCUUUUCUACAUGGUGAUUUAGUUGAGAAAGUUUAUAUGAGGCAGCCCCAAGGUUAUGAACAAGAAGAUUCCUCACUCGUUUGCAAGCUCAACAAGGCUUUGUAUGGCCUAAAACAGGCGCCCAGGGAAUGGUAUUCUAAGCUUGCAAAUGGACUAAAGGAGCUAGGAUUUGCAGCCACAAAAUCUGACAUUGCAGUGUUUACCCGUGAGAUGAAUCAAUUAAAAACAUAUGUCCUCGUAUAUGUAGAUAACAUCAUUGUAACAGGUGAAUGUGAUAACUCAAUUAGGGAGGUGAUCAGCCAAUUAAACAGCAUGUUUGCUCUAAAAGAUCUAGGUGAUCUACACUACUUUCUUGGAAUCCAAGCCACAAAGACUAAGAGUGGAGGUUUGGUGUUUACUCAGCAAAAGUACAUUGAAGAGGUAAUGAAGAAGGCUGGUAUGGUGGGAUGCACAGCCUGCCACACUCCUCUUCCCUCUACAACAAAAAUUUCUGCCCUUGGAGGUUCAAACUUCCAUGAUCCAAGUCUGUAUCGAUCUGUCAUUGGGAGCUUGCAAUAUCUAACUAUUACCAGGCCUGAAAUCAGCUUUUCUGUAAACAAACUGGCCCAGUUUGUUCAAUCUCCGAUGAACUCACACUGGAAAAUGGUAAAAUGUGUGUUGAGGUACCUAAAUGGUACAGCUCACCAUGGCCUGCAUCUCAAAAAGGACCCUGCACUCAACACUGCAAUGAAGAUCACUGCCUACAGUGACUCUGACUGGGCUGGUGACCCGGAUGAUAGGAAAUCAACCUCUGGAUAUUGCGUGUUCCUUGGCUCGAAUCUGGUGUCCUAG